AUGGCCUCCGCAGCGAUAGGGACCAAACGCGCCUUUGCUUCUUUGGAAGAAGAGAACGGCGGAGCUGCUGAGAGCUACCGCUCCUAUGGCAAUUCGGUGACGCGCGAGACAGCAACAUCAGACUCUACAGUACUUCCCCAAAGGCGCAAGGUCAGCCCAGAUGGCGCAACCUCGACCAUUUCAAGUGCGCGAUCCACCCCUCGCAUCACCCCCGCUCCCUUGCCCCCAGCGAGUCCUCAUCGUCGCAUGUUUAGAGCAGAUGCUUCAAUAGUACUACUUGGUAUGCCUGGGACUGGAAAGUCCACCUUGGCCGUCAUUGCCUCGAUAGCAUGCCGGAGGCGGGUGCUCGACGUAGAAGACAUGUUUCAAGAGACGACGGGCUUCUCUACUGCCAAGUACCGCAAGCAGUUUGGGGCUGCCAACUUUAAUUUACGGCAAGAAGAGCUUCUGCGUAGCAUUCUUGAUGAAUACGAUCAAGGUGCAAUUAUUGUCUGCAAUGGACUCUCGUUGGAGAGAAACGGACAGUUGUUGAUGCAGGACUUUGCUCGCACGCACCCCGUAGUACACGUACAGCGUGACCUUUCCAGUCUGCACAACUAUCUGGGAGGGCCCGAUCUGAAGAGACUGAAAGACAUGCUGGCGUUAACUGCGCCCAUCCUUCGGCGGUGCUCUAACUAUGAGUUCUAUAACAUUUCCGAGGUCAAACCCACCAGCGCUGAUACUGCUGAUCAGCCAGUGGCCCCCGCAUUUCUCACGCUGAAAAGAGCCCAACGAACAUUUCUUAAAUUCCUGUCGAUAGUCACAAAUCCCGAAAACUCGGGUGGCUCAGUCGGGCUAUCAAUUCCACCGUUGGAACCUGGAUAUCCGCUAUCCGAUGUGGCGACGGAGCUCCGCAACUACACUUGUGCCGUCCAGGUACCGCUAGAAGACAUCCUAGCCGAAGAUGCAGAUGUACAACGUCUGGAAGUUGGAUCAGAUGCCUUUGAAGUCAUAUUUGAUCUUAGCCAACCACGCAUCAUGGCCGAUGCCCUGGAUGAGGUUAGUGCUUGCAUAUCCAAGGUACGGAGAAGUACAGUAGUGCCCAUUAUUUAUCACAUACUUCCGACAUUCCCCACAGACGGCCAUCGGACACUUUAUUUGGAACAUGUACGCCAUGGAUUGAGAAUGGCACCCGAGUAUGCGACAGUCGAUUUGUCGCUAGAUGCAGCGACGCUUACAGAUUUGAUUGCCUCUCGAGGUACGACCAAGAUCAUUGGCCACCUCCAUGCUGACACGCUAUGGGAGGAUCAUUUCUGGGUUGUGCAAUACGAAAUGGCUGUGCGUAUUGGUUGCUCUGCUGUUCGAUUCACUCGGCCAGCCUAUUCCAUUGAUGACGACAUUUCAGUUCGCAGUUUCAGCUCAAGAAUGGCAAAGCAUGAUGCCCAAGUGCCUCUGAUCUGCUACAAUACAGGAAGAGCAGGUCGGCGCUCCGUCUGUUUUAACAAGUACUUGACACCCGUUGUGCCACCUUCAGCAACGGAGAAAACGGACACGAUAGGGCCAAUGGCACAUCACACUGACGACUCUCGGGUGACAGCGCGAGAAGUUACCCAGGCUUUGUAUAGCUCGUUUACGCUUGACCCAAUGCAGAUUUACAUUAUUGGUAAGCGAUUGGGAUACAGUGUGUCACCGGCAAUGCAUAAUCUUGCGUACCGGGCAUGCGGAAUGCCCCAUGAAUUCAUUCGCAUUCAGAGCCCCUCGCUCAACAGUCUCAAGGAACUGGUACGUCAGCCAAACUUUGGUGGUUCCAUUGUGAUCCAGCCAUUCAAGAUGGAGGUGAUUGCACUAGUGGAUUCGAUGAGCCAGCAUGCCCGCGCGAUUGGUGCUGUGAAUACAGUAAUACCCGUGCGUCGGCGUAACCAGGAUGGCAGUCUCCCAAGCGAAUUGGAAAUCUUCCAGGAACGCAAUCAGUCUGGGCCUAUUCAGGCUCUGUAUGGAGAUAAUUCCGAGUGGAUUGGGAUUCGGUCUUGCGUGCGUAGGGGGCUGUCUCCUGCGAACGCAGUACGGCCGCUGUCUUGUGGCCUCAUCAUCGGGGCUGGUGGCAUGGCCCGGGCGGCCGUCUACGCGCUGUUGCAGAUGGGGGUGAGAAACAUUGUCAUCUUCAAUCGGACACUUGAGAAAGCUAAGAGCCUUGUUGCGCACUUUUCGCGUCUUGUUUCAAGCUCAACAGAAACAGCGAGUGUGUCGUCGAUCACACCUCAGAACCUGCCAAACUUCAAGAUCCUAGAGUCACGUGACGACGCAUGGCCAGAGGCACUUCGCCAGCCAACCAUCAUCGUUUCCUGCAUACCCACUGACCCGAUAGAUGGCGGGCCAGCAGCACAGUUCACCCUUCCCAGGCAGUGGAUGGAGAGCCCUACGGGUGGGAUUGUCAUGGAGACGGCGUAUAAGUCGCUCAACACUCCGCUGAAGCAACAGGUGCGAGAUGCAGCAAACAAGCUUUGGACGUACAUGGAUGGGCUAGAUUUCAUACCCGAGCAAGCUUUUGCUCAGUUUGAGUUGUUCACUGGCAAGCGAGCACCGCGGAAGGUGAUGCGAGAGGAGGCGUUUCGUGCAUGGAGGGACGAGCAAGGCAACAGUGACGCCGACAUGGUAAAGAGGAGGAUGGAGGCCAUUGAUAAGCAAGAGCCAUGA